AUGACUCUCACCAAAUCGUCCAAGUUUGGAAACCUCCCGCUUAGCACAGUUGGCCCUCUCGACUGCGCUCUUACCGGAACAGCACUUUUAAAUAGCCCGACAUUCAACAAAGGAUCUGCCUUUACGCAAAAGGAGCGUCGAGACUUCAACUUGACUGGGCUGCUUCCCGCGAAUGAACAGACUUUGGACCAUCAGGCUGAGCGCGCAUACCAGCAAUAUCUAUCCAGAAGCGACAGCCUUGCCAAGAAUACAUUUUUAACCUCGCUCAAGGACCAGAAUGAGGUGUUGUAUUUCAAGCUGCUGCUUACUCAUCUCAAGGAAAUGUUCAGCGUAGUAUAUACUCCGACGGAGGGCGAUGCCAUUCAAAACUACUCGAGGCUUUUUCGCCGCCCUGAAGGAUGUUUCUUGGACAUUAAUCACCCUGAACGCGUGCAAAGUGAUCUUGCACUCUGGGGGACUCCAGAUGAUGUCGACUAUAUCUGCGUAACAGACGGCGAGGAAAUUCUUGGCAUUGGCGACCAGGGCGUAGGCGGCAUUCUCAUAUCUGGAGCAAAGCUGACUCUCGCGUCCCUCUGCGCCGGUGUUCAUCCCAGUCGAACCCUUCCCGUCGUCAUAGACUGCGGCACUGACAAUGAAGAUCUGCUCAAAGACGAGCUCUAUCUUGGUCUCUGCCACCGUCGGGUAAGAGGAAAGCAGUAUGACGACUUUAUCCAGACCUUUGUCGACGCUGCUCGAAAGCUGUUUCCCAGAGCUUACAUUCAUUUCGAGGACUUUGGCUUAAGAAAUGCCAGACGUCUGUUGGAGUUGUAUCGCCCCACGAUGGCCUGCUUCAACGAUGAUGUUCAGGGAACUGGCUGUGUGACACUUGCGGCUAUCAUAGCUGCACUGCACGCCAGCGGACAGAAACUCAGUGAGACUCGCAUGGUUGUCUUUGGCGCUGGGAGUGCUGGAGUUGGUAUCGCAGAUCAAGUCAGAGACGCAAUUGCGACAGAGACGAACAUUACUCACGAGGAAGCUUCACAGCACAUCUGGUUGAUUGACAAGCCCGGUCUGUUGACAUCCAAGCUCGAAGUCUCAGACGCUCAGAAAAUAUACGUCAAAGAUGCCUCCGAGUGGAAGAGCGAUGGCAACGACCUCCUUUCAGUGGUGAAGCAAGUAAAGCCCAAUAUCCUCGUCGGAACAUCCACCGUUCCUGGCGCUUUCACCGAAGAAAUUGUCAAGGCUAUGCAUGAAAAUUCUCCACGGCCAAUAAUCUUCCCUCUUUCCAAUCCAACUCGACUCCACGAAGCCAAGCCAGAGGACUUGCUCAAGUGGACCAAUGGCAAGGCACUCGUCGCAACAGGAUCUCCCUUUGAUCCCGUCACCGGCCCCUGGGGUGAAGACGGAAACGACAUCACUAUUGAAAUUGCCGAGUGCAACAACUCUGUCGUCUUCCCCGGCAUCGGGCUCGGCUGUAUUCUCAGCCGCUCUAAGCUUCUCACCGACCGCAUGCUCGUCGCGGCCGUGCAAGGAGUUGCAUCGCUGAGCCCCGUUCUCAAGGACCCAACCGCACCUCUCUUGCCAGACGUGGAGGAAGUAAGGACUGUCAGCGUCCAGGUAGCAAAGAGCGUGAUUCAGGCGGCAGUGAAAGAAGGCGUGGCGACUGAAAAGGAUAUCCCAUCCAAUGAUCACGAUCUUGAGGAGUGGAUCAAGGAGCAGAUGUGGAAUCCGGAGUAUCGCCCGCUGAGGCUUGUCAAGAUGGAGGGCGCGACGAGAGCGGCCAAGGGAGAGCUGGGGAAAGCCAUGCCGGGACUGUAG